AUGUCCGUGGCACUGAAGAGAGGGAUCAGCGCUAAGGAAGAGUCUCGGAAGUGCGCAGGGCGUUUCUGGAGGCUCUUCCCUCACCUGCUGCUGUGUCUGUCUCUGGUCGCGUACGCGGCGCUCGGCGCGCUCCUGUUCGAGGCCAUCGAGGGGAAGAGCGGGUCGUCUCCCCACCACGACUCGUACCUGGACUUCCUGGGUCGGAUUGUCAGUAACGUCCAGAACCUCACCCUGAACGCCUCCUCAGAUCGAUACAUAGUGAGUCAAGUGGAAGAACAGAUGUUUCACUUCAAGUCCAUUUGGUUUCAGAGCCCUAAGAAAUGGAGUUUCUUUGGCUCGAUGUUCUUCUGCUGCACUGUAUUCACAACAGUCGGGUAUGGGGAGAUCUAUCCGGUUACCCUGGCUGGUAAGGUGGUGUGUGUCUUGUAUGCCAUGGUGGGCAUCCCUCUCAUGCUGCUGGUCAUCCUUGAUGUGGGAGACUUCCUUGCUAUGCUGAUGUCCAGGGCCUACAUGCACAUUCACACCCUCCGCAAAACCCUCCGCUCCCACACCUGGUCACCGUGGAAGGCAGGGGACUCGAGCCACCAGUCCCUGGAGGAUGGUACCUUUAUUUACAGCCAUGACUUUGUGAUCCAUGAGCCCCUCGACAUCCGGCAAGUACUUCACAGCCAAGCAGAUGUACGGCAAAGGUCUGUCCAACUCCAAAACAACAAAGAGAUUUUUGAAAAGAUUCUGGCCAGGGAGAAUUUACUUAGAAAGUGUCCACUGCUCAGGACCCUCUCCUGCCCAGAGCUAGACCGGCUGCCGCUACCACCCAAGGGAUUUACCAUGUGGGACUUCACAGGGUUAGGGGAUGGAAUGGAAACACUGGAUGUACCAUUUCUACUGAUUCUUUUCAUCGUUUUUGCCUACAUUUUCUUUUUUGGUUUGAUUUUGCCGUUAUGGGAAAAAGAAUUCAAGGGCUUUGAUCCCUAUUACUUCUGCUUUAUCACACUCACUACCAUCGGUUUUGGCGACAUUGUGCCACAUCACCCUAAGUACUUCAUGAUUACCUCACUGUUUAUCAUUGUCGGCAUGGCCAUCAUGUCCAUGGCUUUCAAGCUUGGCCAAACACGAAUUGUAAGCUGCUACCGCCAAUGCAUCAAGUUCAUCAGCAGGGGAAAUGUGGAGACCUUUAAAAAAUGA